UGUCCUCACCCUGGACACAGCCUCAGGCUGCCAGGGAGCCUUGCAAGAUGGGCUCCUGCUCACCUGGACAAACAACAUUGCCAAGGGCAUUUUGUGCCCAGAAAUCACAGCCUGGGUGCACUCAUGGGCCCCACAAAGCUGGCAGGAACUGCUGGGGCUUCUGCACAAAGCAGAGGUUGCUGCAGAUGGAGGGAACAUCUGCUCCCCACCACGGGACUGACAGCUUGCUGGUUUAAUAUCUGCUCCUAGACAUCACUGAAAAUUUAGGGGAGAAAACAAGAUCUUUAAAACAUUGCCUGUGCAACUUGGUGGGCAAAUCCCCAGCUAUUCAUUCACUUAAAACUUCUGCACUGAAUGCUGUCCUUGUAAAAUUGUCACCUGGAGGUUAAAACUGAGAAGUGUUGCCUGUUGGUAUUGAAUUAUGGGUGCAAGACAAUAAUUCUGCAGGCUCAGAAUGCAAAUGGGAGAGAUUUGUGACUUUUUUAAGCUCACAAACCUGCAACAGGAGCCUCAAACAUUAAUAUAAGUGGCAUUGCACUUGAUUCCAAAGUCUUUCUGCAAAAAUAUGAGGUGGGGAGAGUUCAGACACCAGCAAGUGCUUUUUAAAGAUCAAACUAAGAAAAUCGCACCACAGAAAUACAGGAGGAAAGAAGUGCAAGGAAAAUCUACCUUAUGCUUGCCUGCUCGUGUGUGAUAAAUGAAAAUCUCAGUCCUGCCGAUGUUCCACGGGUACAACCCCAGUUAAAACCAGUCCUGGUGGCUUCUCAAAGCUGCACGGAGCGUGUUCGAGCAUCCUGCCCAACCCAAAACCUCGCAGGGCAGGUCCGGAGCGGGCAGAAAGUUUUAGCGGGUGAAAAGCCCGUUUUGCAGCUGGAUUUCCCGGCGGAUCCGGCGUGCCCGGUAUCUGCAGAGGGCGCCACAAGUUUGGGAUGUGCCGGGAUGCGGCUCCAGGUGCUCCAGCUGUCACUCACUAAGGUGCUCGCUCUCCAAUGGCCAAUGCUCUGCUCGCAGGGUGAGCCCGUGCUGCUCAACGCCACCGACGACUUCAACGACUCCGUCCCCAACAACCGCAGCGGCGACGGGUUUUGCGAGCAGGUCUUCAUCAAAGCCGAGGUCUUCCUGACCCUGGGGAUCAUCAGCCUGCUGGAGAACAUCCUUGUCAUCCUGGCAGUGCUGAAGAACGGCAACCUGCACUCCCCCAUGUAUUUCUUCCUGUGCAGCCUGGCUGUGGCAGAUAUGUUGGUGAGCAUGUCCAACGCGCUGGAGACCGUCAUGAUCGCCAUCCUCAGCAACGGCUACCUGGUCAUCGACGACCGCUUCAUCCAGCACAUGGACAAUGUGUUUGACUCAAUGAUUUGCAUUUCUCUGGUGGCCUCCAUUUGCAACCUCCUGGCCAUAGCCAUCGACAGGUACAUCACUAUUUUCUAUGCCCUCCGUUACCACAGCAUCAUGACGGUGAAGAAAGCCCUGACCCUCAUUGUGCUCAUUUGGGUGGCUUGCAUCAUCUGUGGCAUCAUUUUCAUUGCCUACUCGGAGAGCAAAACUGUCAUUGUGUGUCUCAUCACCAUGUUCUUCACCAUGCUGCUGCUCAUGGCCUCGCUGUACGUGCACAUGUUCCUGUUUGCCCGCCUGCACGUCAAGCGCAUCGCGGCGCUGCCCGUCGAGGGCGUGCCCCCCCAGCGCACCUGCAUGAAGGGGGCUGUCACCAUCACCAUCCUCCUGGGGGUCUUCAUCGUCUGCUGGGCGCCUUUCUUCCUCCACCUCAUCCUCAUCAUCUCCUGCCCCAUGAACCCCUACUGCAUCUGCUACACCGCGCACUUCAACACCUACCUGGUGCUGAUCAUGUGCAACUCCGUCAUCGACCCGCUCAUUUACGCCUUCAGGAGCCUGGAGAUGAGGAAGACUUUCAAAGAAAUCGUCUGUUGCUGCUAUGGCAUGAGUGUGGGACAGUGCAUGCUGUAAACACCCGGCUCUGGGUGGGAAAAACCGUGCCAUAGGUGUAUAAAUAGAAAUAUAUUUAUGUCUAUCUGGAGAUAAAGAGCAGCUCACUUUAAACGCAGUGCCUGAAGGAAGGGUGCAGGAAAGACAAAAGCCUGCUACAUGAUGCCUUGUUUCCUACUUUUUAGAGUGAAAACCAGCUUUCAACUGAAUUAUUCAAAGUUUUUUAAAUAGUUGUGAUGGAAGGAAAUCCAGAGUGGCUUACUUACAAAACAGCUUCAAAAAUGCACUGGGGAAAGUGAAUCCUGAAAGGGAAUGCCACCUUCUAGAGACUGAGCAAAUAUUCCCUCUAGCAUUUGUCUGUGCCUGUUGCUUUAUCUCUGUGCCAUGCCAACAGGUCGGUGUUUUCUGAAAGGUUUCAUUCAUAACCUCUGUGGAAAGCUGUUUUUCCAAACACCAACAGGUGUAGAACCAUUGCUCUGCACCCAUGCCUCCACCUUUUAAUGAAAGAAUAGAUUGAUAAUUUUGCUGCUUGCCACAAAGCAGCCUGAGUACAAUUUUCAAAGGGUGAAAGCAAACAUUUCUCUUGCACUGAAAUCAGUUUUCACUAUGGUAUCAGUGACAGUGUGGCUUCAACAGCUGCCUGAUAGGAUUGACUCAUGUGAAAGCUUUUACAUUAUUUAUUGUGAUAUAAGAGUAUUAUAUCCUUGAAUUUCUAAUUAUUUUUUUAAAGCUGGAAUGUCCUGAUCAAUGUAGUAAUUGCUAUGUUUAUAAAAACUCACAGAAGUCUCCUUUUGAUAAAUCCUCUGA